AUGGUCAGGUCAGUAGAAAAUUCAGGAGAAACAGUGUUUGAAAGUGUUUUACUCAUCAAGGUCUUCAUUGGAGGUGGGUGUGUUCACCUGAAGGCUGAAAGAAACCUUGAAAGUGUAAAUUCUGUCAAAAAGAACAAGGGCGAAGGUGGUGAUGACAGAUUUAUAGAUGGUUGGUUUAUGAUACUUCUUUUAAGUUGGAACUCAUCACAUGCAUCAGCUGUUUCAGACUUAACAAAAUCUGCAGAAUUUACCAUAACAGAUGACUCUAAAGAUGAUUAUCAGUAUGAAGAGGUUCCAGCAGAUGAUGAAUUAAGUAUUCAGGAAGAUGAUGAGGAUCUGUCAAAGGCUUUGCAGACUGUUCAAGAGCAGGCUGAAGAUGCCCAAAUUCUAGCUUUGCAAUCAGUUCUGACUUCUGAGAAAUCUGUGUCUGAAAUACCUGAAGCAAUGGAUGACUUCUUCUGCAAUUUCCUGGUCAGAUUGGGAAUGUCCAGAACCCUUGACUGCUUCCAAACUGAAUGGUAUGAACUUGUCCAGAGAGGUGUGUUCACAGCCAAAGAUAUUGGAUUGGUUCCAACUGUGUAUGCCCGCAACCAGCAACUUGAAGCUGAGAAUAUGCGUUUGAGGAAAGAUUUGGAAAACUGUAAACUUGCUGCGAACAAAGCAAAAGAGGCUUUCCUAAACAUGCAGAAAGAACGUGACUUCCAUCGAAUGCAUCAUAAGCGAGUCGUCCAGGAGAAAAACAAGCUUAUUUGUGACAUUAAAAGGCUGAAGGCACAUUAUGCAUCAUAUGAACCAGUGCUGAAGCAGUUGACUGAAAAAUACCAGACUACACUGAGGCAGAAAAUGUUAACUAGUUUGGAGAGAGACAGAGCAGUUGGGCAGGUUACAGGUUUGCAAGCCACAUUACAAAAUUUAGAGUCUGGGCGGGCUAUUCAGAUUCCUGUGACAAAAGCAGGCCACGAAUGUCAAAGGAAGAAAGGGUUGGAAGGUCCCACCCAGAAAGCUCUUCAGGAAGCCAGGCAGCAAAAAAUCCUUGAUGCUGAAAGCUCUUCACAUGAUCCAGUCAAAGACGUAGAGAAGAAGAUAGGCAAGAGAUAUCCAAAG